AAAACCCAAUCAGACAAGUGCCCGUAAUCUGAUUCCCAGUGUACCGGAGCGCAGGGGCAGGCAAUGAGAGCUGCACUCUGGCCAGGGACGGCAUGAGUGACAGAGCUGCGGUGAGGCGGUGGGGUAAGUGUGGACGUUCAUGCAGUAAAGAGAGCAUCAUGGUGGCUUUCAAAGGGGUCUGGACUCAAGCCUUCUGGAAGGCAGUCACAGCAGAGUUUCUGGCCAUGCUUAUCUUCGUUUUGCUCAGCCUUGGAUCCACCAUCAACUGGGGUGGCUCAGAAAACCCCUUACCUGUGGACAUGGUCCUCAUCUCUCUUUGCUUUGGACUGAGCAUUGCUACCAUGGUGCAGUGCUUUGGCCACAUCAGCGGUGGCCACAUCAACCCUGCCGUGACAGUGGCCAUGGUGUGCACACGCAAGAUCAGCAUCGCCAAAUCGGUCUUCUACAUUGCCGCACAGUGCCUGGGGGCCAUCAUUGGAGCCGGCAUCCUCUACCUGGUCACACCUCCCAGCGUGGUGGGAGGCUUGGGCGUCACGACGGUUCAUGGAAACCUUACCGCUGGCCAUGGGCUCUUGGUAGAGUUGAUAAUCACGUUCCAGCUGGUUUUCACUAUUUUUGCCAGCUGUGAUUCCAAACGGACUGAUGUCACUGGUUCAAUAGCUUUAGCCAUUGGAUUUUCCGUUGCAAUUGGACAUUUGUUUGCAAUUAACUAUACCGGAGCCAGCAUGAAUCCAGCUCGAUCCUUCGGACCUGCAGUUAUCAUGGGAAACUGGGAAAACCACUGGAUAUACUGGGUUGGACCCAUAAUCGGCGCCGUGCUGGCAGGUGCCCUUUAUGAGUACGUCCUCUGCCCGGAUGUGGAGCUCAAACGGAGCCUGAAGGAAGCCUUCAGCAAAGCUGCUCAGCAGACAAAGGGGAGCUACAUGGAAGUGGAGGACAACAGGAGCCAGGUGGAGACAGAGGACUUGAUCCUGAAACCUGGGGUGCACGUGAUCGACAUUGACCGUGGUGAAGAGAAGAAGGCCAAAGAGUCGUCUGGAGAGGUCUUGUCUUCGGUAUGACUAGAGGACAGCACUGAAAGCAGGAGAGACUCCCUAGCCCUGGCCUCAGAUUUCCUGCCACCCAUUAAGGAAACAGAUUUGUUAUAAAUUAGGCAGGUGCAGGUUUCUCGUUUCAUGUCUUAUUACUCAGUUUAAACAACAUAUAUUUUACUAGUAUCAGUGGGGGAAGAAGAAACCUAUAAGGAAUAUGACAUUUUAAAACAGAGAUCUUUUUUAAAAAGUAUCCCCGAAGCAAAUAUGCAAAAUAGUUUAUCCAGUUCCCUUUCACUAAUAACAACUGAACAGGUGAACCAAGAUUUGGUCAAAUCUUGCCUCUUACAGAGCAUGUGGGCACCUCUGUGAGGAAGCUGGCAUUGCCAAUCCUCUCUUGAGUAGUGACUCCAUUGGACUGAGUUAACAAUGACAAAGCGUACCAUGUCACGGAGUCACGUGCAGUCAAGAGAAGAAUUGGAGUAAAUUCUCUCCCAAGCCAUCCCUUCUUCAUAAACUACCUUGGAGAGGAAACAAUUAGCAAAGGCCAUUGCUGAUAUUAGUAUUUAUAUGGCAAAUAUCUGAUUGUCAGAUCCCAACCCCAACUCAUUAUAAUCCUUCUUCCUCCUCAGAAUCCAAGAAACUAUAGGGCUAAAAUCAAAAAAUCUGGAAAGAAUAUUAAUUUCUCUCCAUGCAUUAGUUCCAUCUAAAGAGACGUGCAUGGGGACAUCGGCUGAGGUUCAGGACAGCCAGACCUGCGGGGCCUGGGGGGAGGGGAAGCAAAGGUUACCACAGUCUUCCGGCUAGCACGAGAAGAAGGGAAAUCUGCGUUCUGUCGUCAAGUGACUGGUCUGUUUUCAGUGCACAUACUUAACCACACCACACAAGAUUAACCGCCUAAGCUUGUAACUGCUUCACUUACUUUUUUAAAUUUAUUGGAAAAACUGGGGCAUUCGUUUGUCAUCGUGGUCUCUGUAUCGAAACCCUCGCUGAGGUAUUUUGGACAGGAGCUUGGCUGGUUAAGUGCUGACUUGCUGUUGGUGUCCAAGUCCUGCUUAGUGUAGAAGGUAUGAACUGGCCCUGCCCCACCCCAUCUGCUGACGCUGCCUUGCUCCCCACGGCAUCUGUUGAUGAUCACCACUGUUGAGUAUAACGAUACCUAUUUGUGUGAACUGAGAUAUGCGGCCGACAAGGUGCAACAGGGUUGCCAAAUAAAACGGUGAGGAGGCCGGCUCUGUUUGAUGCUCCUAGGUGGCCCAUCUUUCAUAGUGCACAUAAGCUUAACGUGUUUUCCUAGUAUUUACCCUUCUGCCUGGUUUACUUGUUAAAACCAUUUGUUUUUUCCACACUGCUUUGUCUUCUGCCAGGAGAAAGCUCUGUAGAAACCCCAGUUUCUACCAUCGUAACAGCCCAGCCUAGCGUUUAUCUUAGACAAAAGCACUGCAAAUGUCAAUUUCACUAAGCAAAAGUUAGUAGUGGGAGAGAGAGAAGAGCCAUCUCUGGGAGGACCAGCUUGUAAAUAGCUGAUAAUCAAGGGCUUUCUUCUCCCAAGCCCAAUUCCAACUGUGUGUGACUUCUUAUUGUUAAUGGCAGUUUUGUGUCUGUGGCAGUGAGAUAAUGGACCACUAUUAAACCUGAUUCUCUUCGGUGCUAGGAAACUGAUGAGCAAGUUCCCAGACAGCCAUGAGGCUAGCAUGUGCCUCUCAAUGCCACCGGCACUUUUUCUGGUAGAUGCUGGAAGCACAGGUCCCUUUUUCAGGGCUUUGAAUAUACUACGCCACAGACAUAAGCACUCACAGAACCAGGGCAUGAAUCUCCCAAAGGUGGUUUGUGCCCAUUAUUUCAACAGUUUUCCUAAUAUACUACAAUAUACUACGUAGGCUUAAGAAUAGGGUGCUUCGGUUGGUAAUAUCAACCACCAACAAACAUGGGAGAUCAAAAACAAACUUAGUUAACAAGAAAUAAUUACAAGGAUUUCUGAUUGCACUUUCAAAAUCAUGGCCUGCAAUUGUUUUUAUUAUGCCAUACAGUUUUCUUCGUUUGUGCUUACUUUAACACUCAUUUCCAAUGACAGCAUUCAAUAUGGUAGGGAUUGAAAAACACAGAAUCAUGGCUUUGUGGCUUUCUUUAGCAGCUGGCAGAGUGCCAGGCACACAGUAGGUAAUCAAAAGUAGCAUGGUAGUUGAUAAAAAUAUUAUGACACUCAUUUGGGAUUUAGGAAUAACAAUAAUCUCUUCUAAUUUUUGUUUUGCUCAAUAUUUAAGGAAAGUAUAAUUUCUAGUGUCAUCAAAGGAAGGCAACAUGGAUGUGAAAACAGUAUAUUUUUAUAUUCUACUGUUUAAGGGCAGAGGGUAAGGGCUCCAUCACUCUUCCUCUUUGCAUAUGAGACAAUAUGUCUUGCAUUUCACUCAAGGCUCUGCCAGUUAAAAAAAAAAAAAAGUAAUGAAAUUGUACCUUUCUAAUGACAUCUAUGCAGCAGGGGUCUAUUGCCUCAUGGAUGGCACCAAAUUAUCCAGUGUAUUAGGAGACCAGGGCUUUUUCCUUUAAUCCCUUCUUAUUAAUGAAGUGCAUAGCGCCGUUCCCCAGAGACAGCCGCUGACAGAUACACAAGCAGAGAGAUCAGAGAGGAAAGCUCAGGAAGACAUAAAAGAUUUAUAUGAGCAGUGGAACAAUGCCAACUGUCUGUUCCCUGAGGAGGAGAACACAGACAACCCCCAAAUUUCAGGUGGUCCAUACACUGAAAAUGCACAGUCUGUCAAAAACAGAGCAGAAAAGAAUCAUUGAAGCAGAUUUUGAGGAUUUUUUUUUCCUUAACGUAGGACUCCAAUUUUAAAUGCAGGUUUCCUUUUUCUUACAAAAUUUCUACCCUUUCAUACUUAAAAAAAAAAAAAAAAAGUUUUCUGGAGCCUAAGUCACUGGUAAUUUUACAACUUGUUUCUGCCAUUUGACACUACUCAUAAUUUUUUUUUCUUUUCAGUCAUCAGAGGGGUGUCCUGCCGCAGCUCACAGGCACUGCUGGCCAGAGCUGCUCUCUGUUGGAGAUU